GAAACCGGGAGGAGGGAGAAGAGAGGAGAAGUGGAGAGAAAGAGAGAAAGAGAGGGAUUUUACCUCACAGCGCUGAGGGUUGGCUUUAUCGUGGACCAGACAUCACGGACUCCAUGUGGGGCUUUUAGCACAGCACACCGGACAGCGCCGCUAAUUAAGCCCGCUCGAGAGCCCCCGCUCGCCCGGGCUUCCAUCGGCACAAGUCCCGCUCCGGAUAUGCGCUCGUCCACAGACCGCGAUGCCAACCGCCGGUCCCAGUGACUUCCCCCGAGCAUGAAGGCUGCGCACAGCACCGAGCGAGGCGGAGAAACUUCUGCAAGACUGAACCCUCCAGCGAACCUUCCCCGGUCGUCAGCGUACUGAGACGUGCCUUACAGCGUCCGCCAUGGGGAUAAGACACAUUCUGCUGCUGCUCGUCUAUCUGGACCCGACGAGCGUGUUGAGCGCGGCUGCGGGUGCCAAAAAAGCCAAGCAGACGCACAGGAAGAUCCCCAAAGCCACGGCGGCUCCCACGGCGGCCCAGCAGCCCAAGACCCCGCUCCCUGUGCCGGUCAGCAACCACGACACCUGCCUGGGCUACUACGACGUGAGCGGCCAGUAUGACAAAAUGUUCGAGUGCAACAACACGGACCACCGCUACUGCUGCGGGACUUGCUACCUGCGCUUCUGCUGCGAGUACAAAAAGGACAGACUGGACCAGAAAGCCUGUAAGAACUACCAGACUCCCGUCUGGGUGCAGACGGCCGCUCCGUCCCAGGCUCCCACGGAGGAGACGUACGUGGACCAAACCAACACCGCCGUCUACAUCACCUGUGGGAUCAUCGCCUUCAUCAUCGUCAUGGGAGUGUUGGCCAAAGUUGCCUAUGACAAAGCCACAGAACCGCCUCAAGAAAUGAACAUACACAGAGCGCUUGCAGACAUCCUGAGGCAGCAGGGACCCAUACCCAUUUCUCAAUAUGACUGUGAGAACUUUGCAGCGAUUAAUGGUUCCUCCAAAGACAACACACCGAUCAGAACCUCAUCCAAGAACCAUUACACUCCCGUUCACACCUCCAAAUCCAAUCACGGUCACUAUGGAAAGGAGAGUGUUCGGAGCAGUGGUGGUGCGGAUCUUCAUAACUUCAUCUCCUCUGGGUUUGUCACGUUGGGUCGUGGUCACCAGAAAGGAGAAAAACAUUGGCCGGUCCGCUCCCAAAGUCACCAUGGUACCCAUCAGCACAACUAUAACCAUAUGGCUCUAGGUAGCCCCAUACGCACACCCAAGAACGCCCACCGAUCGCUGAGGCGUGAAAACAAUCGGAUAAGUGGCAUCCUGACUUCGCAGACGGAGCCCUACGACCUGUCUUUUUCACGCUCCUUCCAGAGCCUGUCCCACCUGCCGCCGUCAUACGAGGCGGCCAUCAAAGCCGACCUCAACCGCUUCUCGUCCUUGAAGAAACUGACAGAUAAAGAAGUGGAGGACUACUAUUCCCGUAAACGCCACCUUCCCGACCUGGCAGCAAGAGGCACUCUUCCCCUUCAUGUUCUUAAAAAUACUCAAGACCCGCAGCAACAGCUUCAGAGCCAGGCCCAACAGUCCUCCAUCUCACAGGUUUCUACCCAACCGCAGUCUUCCCAGCAGCCGUCCCAGCAAAGACAAAGACCCCGUCGUGUCCAGAGAGCCAUGUCUCAGGAUCGGGUUCUGUCCCCACAGAGAGCCCCACAACAGGAAUUCAACACAUCCUCGAAUGGUAUGUCACCCUACGGAGGUCGGAUCCUCUCAGAUGAACAGCUGCUGUCAGCCGAACGUCUUCGAUCCCAAGAGCGGCUCCUUCCGCAGGACCGCCAUACUUCCCAAGAACGCCUGUACACCAAGGACCGCAUGUACUCCAAGGACCGAUUGCUCUCACAGGAUCACCUUUACUCAAAAGACCGUCACUACUCUCAAGACCGACUCUACUCACAAGAUCGCCUGUACUCACAAGACCGCCUUCUGUCCCAAGAUCCUCUCCUCUCGCCAGACAAGCUGAUGAUGUCGCUAAAGCGCGGCAUGGUCAGCAGUGCGUCCGGUGGCUUCUACGACAUGGACAAGUCCAUGUCACGUGCCAUUUCGCACACAGACGUCUUCAUGCCCACCACGCCUCUGAUGGAUCGCUACAAGAUGACCAAAAUGCACUCCCAUCCCAGUGCCUCCAACAACGGCGGUAGCGGAGCCAGUGCUGGGGCUCUGACAGCGGCGCCCUCAACACACUCAAACACUUUAGCAAUGAACCAGACUGUCACUAAGCGGCAGGCGUUCGCCACAAGACGGACUCACACCGUGGAACAGCUCCACUACGUCCCCCAGCAUCACCAGCAGCAACAGCCGCCGCAGCACUACCGCACCGGCAGCAAGACCGAGGUGACCGUGUAACCGCAACCGGGAAGUGCCUGAAUUGCACGGACAGUAACACUACUGUGCCAUUGGCUGAAGUAAUCAGGUGUGCUCAUGCUCAAUUAGAGUAGGACGGUGAUGAUUUAGCUUUCUUUGAACCACGUUCCAGGACCAAGAACAUCAACUCGCUUACUGUGAGAGACCGGUAAAAUGAGCUACACUGUAUGCUACAUCCAGAAUACUUUAAUUCAGUUCUCCCUCUCACCUGCAAACAAUCACACCACCGUCCGCAUUACCAUUUCCAUGCACGGGCCCUGGUCUCGGUCUGUGGGUUUUGGUGAGGAAACACUAAUCGCUUCAAGCUGUGAUCAGGCCCCUUUCUCCAAAAAAAAAGUCUAGUGUAUGACCUUUUCUGUAAAAGGGCUUUUCACUGUAAAACCCAAUGAUCCAAUUCCUCAUUGACUUCUGAUGUACGACACGACAGCACCACAUAUAAUGAACUAUAAUAACAUCAUAAAUAUAGAGAUAAAAUGGACAAAAAAAUAUUUGUACAACCCAUCCUAUUUAUAGCUGUAGAGAAUCUUAACAAGAGAUGCUGAAAUUGAUGUUAUUUGCACUGUUUUGGUGCCUCUAACAGAUGUUUAAUUUCUAAAAAAAAUGACAUGUGGGUUAUAAAGCACAAAUCAUUAAAAAAAAAAGAAUAAUCACAUUGUUACUGAAUUUUAGGGUUUUUGUAAGGCGAUGGCAGUUACAGCACCUCAUAAAAGUGAGUACGCCUGCAUAUAUUUUAUUAUAUUAUCACAUUUCUUCAUGGAAAGAAAAUUAAGACACUUUGAUACAAUUUCAAGUAGUCAGUGUACAGUACAUCUUGUGUGACUGUAAAUUACUGCCCACUCAAAAUAACUCUACACACGGCAUAGCUCGGUUGGUAGAGUGGCCGUGCCAGUAACUUGAGGGUUCCAGGUUCGAUUCCUGCUUCCGCCAUCCUAGUCACUGCCGUUGUGACCUUGGGCAAGAAACUUCACCCACCUGCUCCCAGUGCCACCCGCACUGGUUUAAAUGUAACUUAGAUAUUGGGUUUCACUAUGUAAAGUGCUUUGAGUCACUAGAACAGGGGUCACCAACGCGGGGCCAGCGGGCACCAGGUAGCCCGUAAGUACCAGAUGAGUAGCCCGCUGGCCUAUUCUAAAAAUAGCUCAAAUAGCAGCACUUACCAGUGAGCUGCCUCUAUUUUUUUUUUAUUUACUAGCAAGCUAGUCUCGCUUUGCUUGACAUUUUUAAUUCUAAAAGAGACAAAACUCCAAUAGAAUUUGAAAAUCCAAGAAAAUAUUUUAAGGACUUGGUCUUCACUUGUUUAAAUAUAUUCAUAUUUUUUUUUACUUUGCUUCUUAUAACUUUCAGAAAGAAAAUUUUAGAGAGAAAAAUACAACCUUAAAAAUGAUUUUAGGAUUUUUAAACACAUAUACCUUUUUACCUUUUAAAUUCCUUCCUCUUCUUUCCUGACAAUUUAAAUCAAUGUUCAAGUAAAUUUGUUUUUCUUAUCGUAAAGAAUACUGAAACAUUUUUAUUUAAUUUUUCAUUUUAGCUUCUGUUUUUUCGACGAAGAAUAUUUGUGAAAUAUUUCUUCAAACUUAUUAUGAUUAAAAUUCAAAAUAAUUAUUCUGGCAAAUCUAGAAAAUCUGUAGAACCAAAUUUAAAUCUUAUUUCAAAGUCUUUUGAAUUUCUUUAAAAAAAUUUGUUCUGGAAAACCUAGAAGAAAUAACGAUUUGUCUUCGUUAGAAAUAUAGAUUGGUCCAAUUUGUUAUAUAUUCUAACAAAGUGCAGAUUGGAUUUCAACCUAUUUAAAAAAUGUCAUCAAAAAUAUAUAUUUAUUGUGAGAAAUCCUUAAGAUGAUCAGUGUUUCCACAAAGAUAAAUAUCAUUAAUUAUUUAUAAUAGCAGAGUUAAAAGUAACUUGAGCAAAUUGGCUAUUUCUGGCCAUUUAUUUAAGUGUGUAUCAAACUGGUAGCCCUUCGCAUUAAUCAGUACCCAAGAAUUAGCUCUUGGUUUCAAAAAGGUUGGUGACCCCUGCACUAGAGAAAUGCGCUAUAUAAAUAUAAUUUACUUCACUUCACACUACACACAGCCAAUGAUGUCAAACCCGCUGGCAACAAUAUGUGACUCCAACCAAAAGAAGAACGUCUGACAUUGGGCCAAAUUAUUAAAUUUCCCAGCCAAGUGUCAUGUUUCAGGUGAAAAGGGAACAGGUGUGUCAUAUUUAGUGUUAUUGCUCUUACACUCUCCCAUACUGGCCACUGGAUGUUCUAUUUAGCACUUCAUGGCAAGGUGAAGUGGAGGAGCACAAAGUCUGCGACAUCCACCAUUUUUGUGACAUUGUCAUGGAGGACUCUAAAGGCAACCUGAAGCUGUAAUAAAAUCAAUGCCCAAGAGAGUUAAGGCAGUGCUGGAAAAUAAUGGUAUCCACUAGUGCUGUGCAAUAUAACGAUAUAAUGCAGUACAACAUAAAUAUGUCUAUUGUACGAUGUGACUUAUAUCGUAAUUUAAAAAUCUGGGCCGCGACUAAUGUAACUGCAGCAACACUGCUUCUUUGCAGUAGCAUUUUUACUUCACUUGAAUUAACUUCACGGGAAGAGUCAGUAUGGAUGUCAACAUCAUAGCAAUCUGCAACAAGCAGACAGGGACAAACCCAACAGAAGCUAAGCCAACAAAACCUAAAGAAAAAAGGCUGCCAAAAAUAAUGGACGAUGAACUCCUUUUAGCUUUGGCUUGGGUUAACAAAAGUCAGUGGCCGCCUGAACGGUCAUUUUUAAAAAAAUAUGCUGCCAACAAUUCGUUGCCAGUGACCUGAACACCGCUCAUAUUUUUUUAUCACUCAAAGAGACGUUACACAGAAAAGUACAGAGACAGUGGACAAAAUGUGACAAAAUGCUAAAACCACAAGGUGUUAUCACCGUCUAUGACAAGCAGUCCUGCAGAUGGCAAGAAAUUUCCGAUGUUGUCUCUAAAUUCAUGUUUUGACAAGGCUCUAGUACAGUGGUUCUCAACCUUUUAUCAGUGAUGUACCCCCUGUGAACAUUUUUUUAAUUCAAGUACCCCCUAAUCAGAGCAAAGCAUUUUUGGUUGAAAAAAAGAGAUAAAGAAGUAAAAUACAGCACUAUGUCAUCAGUUUCUGAUUUAUUAAAUUGUAUAACUGUUCAAAAUAUUGUUCAUUUGUAGUGGUCUUUUUUGAACAAUUUGGAAAUAAAGAUAUAAAAAUAACUAAAAACUUGUUGAAAAAUAAACAAGUGAUUCAAUUAUAAAUACAGAUUUCUACACAUAGAAGUAAUCAUCAACUUAAAGUGCCCUCUUUGGAGAUUGUAAUAGAGAUCCAUCUGGAGUCAUGAACUUAAUUCUAAACAUUUCUACACAAAAAAAGAAAGCUUUAACAUCAAUACUUAUAGAACAUGUCCACAAAAAAUCCAAACCUAGCUGUCAACACUGAAUAUUGCAUUGUUGCAUUUAUUUUCACAAUCAUAUAUUGUUGAAGUAUUAUUCAAAGAAUAUAUUUAUAAAGGAUUUUUGAAUUGUUGCUAUUUUUUUAAAUAUUUUUUUAACAAUCUCACGUACCCCUUGGCAUACCUUCAAGUACCCCCAGGGGUACGCGUACCCCCAUUUGAGAACCACUGCUCUAGCAUACACUGUUGAAAAAAAUGUUUUUUUUAAUUGCAUUGUCUGGUUUGUAAUAUAACUAAGUAUGUAAAUGUUAUUUAUAAACCGCUUUUCACAGAUAAAAUCACAAAAGCGCUGUACAAAACAUAGGUGAAGUAAAACAACAAUUAAAUUAAAAAAGGGACAACAUCAUAAAAAGGAUACAAAGUGGAUUAAAAAUUAUAGUUCAAAGGUGCAUUAACCUUUUAUGCACCUUUAUCUUUUUAGCUUUUGUAAAAAGAGAAGUUUUCAAAUGUUUAUCAAAAGUUUCGACACAGUCAAGAUCACAGAGGGACUAGUGCAAAUUGUUCCAGAGCUACAGUAUAGCCUGGAAUACCAGGUCUCCGCGGGUUUUAAAACACAUUUUUGGGCUCUUUAAAAGACCCUGGCCUGAAGACCGCAGGCUUCGCUCUGAGGAGUAGGGGCAUAACAGGACAGUGAUGUACUGAGGGGCCCCCCAUGCAAUGCAAGGGUAGUCUGGACUAAAAUUUUAAACUCAAGGCGGAAUUUUUAACUGGAAGCCAAUGAAGACUGGAUACGACGGGGGGGAUUUGGGCUGUUCUGGGCGCACCGGUCAACAGUCUGGCAGCUGCAUUUUGUACAGUCUGAAGUCUCUUUAGCCUUGACUUGUUGAAGAGAGGGAAAAGAGAAUUGCAAUAGUCAAUGCGAGACGAAAUCAAAGAAGAAAUUAUGACCAAAAGUAAAACUCAUUUAAUGUGUGCAUAAAAAUAUAAUUUGAAUAACAAACACUAUAUCUUAAUGUAAAUCGUUUUUAGGAUAUAAAUUACCCAUUCAUCCAUUUUCAAUUGCUUGUACCCCGCCUUCUGCAUUCGGGUACACCCUGGACAAGUCACCACCUCAUCGCAGGACCAACACAGAUAGAUGGACAAAAUUCACACUCAUAUUUACACACUAGGGCCAAUUUAGUGUUGCCAAUCAACUUAUCCCCAGGUGCAUGUCUUUGGAGGUGGGAGGAAGCCGGAGUACCCGGAGGGAACCCACGCAGUCACGGAGAGAACAUGCAAACUCCACUCAGAAAGAUCCCAAGCCCGGAAUUUUAUUGUGAGGCACACAAUGCAAUGCCUAAUUUACCCAUAUUAGGAUAUGUAUUUGUUGUCUACAGUAUAUUGCACAUGUAUACAAGUAAAAUAUUGACACUUUGGUCCACUUUAGAAAUUGUAUUCACUUUUCUUGUGAGUGUUAUAGACAUUAAUGGCUGUGUGUUAUUUUAGGGGGAAUUUACACUAAGCUGUUCACUGACCACUUUAUAUUGUAUUAAAGUGAAAAUAUAAUACAUAUUUGCAGAAAUUUAAAGGGUGGAUACUCACUUUUGCGAGAGACUGUACUGUAUAUAUAUUUACACACACACACACACACACACACACACACACACACACACACACACACACACACACACGCACACAUAAUUUGGGGGUUUAUUUUGCUUCUAGUCUGUAAAUAAGCUAUACUAGAAACAGUGUUUUUGGCAAGUCUGAACUGAAUGGACUUUGAUUUAGACUGUCUGUUGAAAGUAGAUUCUUCAAAAGAACAACUAUAAAUGAUCACUGUUUUGUUAGUUCAGAUUAGAACCCAACUUAACCAAGUAUUUGACGGGAUAAAUGACUACUAUACAGUGUGUCUUGCAGAACUUUGUAGUGAGAAAAGGAAUGAAUGUGUUGUUAAUAACAGAUAUAUUGCUCAUACUUGGAUGUAUACUGUUCUCCAUUGACAUCCCCCAAGUUGAACAUCAUGGAAAUUGAUUAUAAUGCUUGUAGGAACAAAUAAACCAUCCAUAUUUUUCUAACUAUUCAAUAUUGA